AUGAACGGAUUCUCAUUCCCGCCGCCGCCUCCACCUCCGCCAAAAGCAGCAUCAUCAUCACAGCCAGAGGCAACCAAUCAAUUUAACAAUCGCGGAGGUAGAGGCGGUAGAGGCGGUCGUGGAGGCCGUGGUUCAUCCAGAGGACGAGGCGGUGCACCUCAGCGCGGUGGAGGUAGUUUCCAACAGCAGAACAAUCAUCAAUCUGGCUACGGCCAACAAAAUACUGGCAACUACCAACCGAGUUAUGGCAACCAACAGCAACAAUAUCAAGCUCCUCAGCAGUACCAAAAUGCUCAACAAUACCAGGUCCCGCAACAGUAUCAGCCCCCUCAGCAAUAUCAAGCUCCUCCUGGAUCAUAUGUAAACCCUGCUUUUAGUGGAAUGCAGGCUCAGACGUACCCUCAACCUCAAGUCUCUCAAUAUGGACAGCAACCUGUAUACUCUGCUGGACCAAGUGACUUCUCACCCUAUGGCAAUUCUGGUAACGCCAACUCACCACCGGGAGCAAAGCGAACACGAGAACAAGCAUUUGGCCAAUCAAACAGAGGACAUCCGAUGAAGAAGCCACCAAGUGCGCCAAAAGUUCAGGUCGCCCCUGCGAUUCCCAGUUUUGGUGCUCCGAUCCUACCACAAAAGCCUCCUGCUCCAAUUUUAUCCGGUGGAGGUCUCAAGCAACGACCUUCGACUGGACUAGGACUUAUUCCGAAGGACUACGCAUCACCCGAAAACUCCGACGAGGAUGAUGAUGAGGGAGAAGAGGAAGACGUCGAUGAAGAAGCUGCCCUAAGCGCUCUGCAAGAUGGACCACUGAGUUUUGAAUUCAAUGGCGAACUAUCAACGCUAGGUUCGGCAGCAGAUAUCGCCGAAUGGAUUGCAGAGCGUAGGAAGCGUUGGCCAAGUAAACGCAGAGUAGAAGAGAAAGAGCAAGAGGUGCUUUCACGUAUGGAGGAGCGUAGACGUAUUGAGCAAGAGACCAGAGCGGCCAUUGCCAGUGCUUCAGGUGGAGAAUAUCAGCCUGUAGUCAGGGAAGAUCGUCAACCAAGGCAGAUGAGAAAACCCGCUACUGAACGACAAGCAAGACAGAGAGACGACUCGACAUUGGAGGACACACAAAAGGAGCUCGCAGUGCAGAUGCAGAAAGUUGAAGAGCUGCAGAAACUCCUAGCAGAAAAGGGACAGGCACCAAUCCUCGCCGAAACCUCAGAGCAAGCUGUUGAUGCUUCACACCAGCGAACCGAAACCAUGAACCUCGACCAAGCACCCACAAAUCAACCAGACCAGAACGCCCCUACAGAAGCAACAUCUCCCUUCCUCGACCACUACUCAGACUCCGACAGCGACGCCGCACCCGAACAAACAUCCUCCAAACUCUCGCACCCAAUCCGCGUCCCACCACCAACCCAAUCCCUAAAAGCACACCCAAAACCCCCCCAAGCAGAAGCAAAACCCUGCGUCAGUUUCGCAAACCAAGGCAGAUGUAAAUUUGGAAACAAGUGUAGGUAUAAGCAUGAUGCUUCCUCUGCACAGGAGAAGGGAAAGAGAAAGACGUUGUUUCAAAGGCUUGUUGAGCAGGAGAUGGAUGAGGAGAAUAAGCUUGCGUUGCAGGCGAUCAAGUACUUGGGUGGUGUUGGGUUCUUCAGUAAGCAUGUGGGUUCUACGUGA